AGAGUUUCUCCAAGUUUGGGCGAUAUUUCGGUCAAAUACAUCUAAGUAAUAAAAAUCUGGGGAAUUCUCGUGACACUGGAAUCGGAAAUACGUAAAGACAAUAAAAGGCGUUACGUAAUAUAUAUAAGAAUAUUGGUUACGAAUGUUCGCCUUGCAACACUCUCCACAGUCGAUUUAGAGAACAGUUGACGAUAGCAGUGUUUUAAGUGGGGCACGUGUGAUGCUACAAAAUGUCACAGAAUGAAAUAGAAACAACCGGUUCUGGUGACCUUGACGCAGUAACCUUCUCAACGACAAUCACCAUGACAACGAACAACUCCAUGACAACACCUAGUAAUUAUAGUCAAGAGGAAAUAGACAACUACUUAGAGUAUUUAGACAUUGAAAAUGCGAAACUUAUGGUUCCAACCUUUCUGUAUAUUGGUACCUUAAUUAUGACUGGACUGUUCGGAAAUAUCUUAGUUCUUGUAGUCUACGUCACCAGAUUCAAGCCCAGCACAGCCCGUAUUUUUAUAAUUAGUUUAGCAAUGUUUGACCUGAUGAAUAACACGAUGGCACAACCUGGAGAAAUACUAGAUAUUUAUUUUGCAUACAGAUUCACCAACAAUCAUCUGUGUAAGCUGAAAAGAUUCUUCAAUUAUUUCACCACCUUCUCAUCCAUUUUCUCUUUAGUCGUUGUUGCCGUUGAUAGGCACAGAAAGAUCUGUAAAGUGAUGAGAAAACAGAUCUCCAUACGUCUGGCAAAGAUACUAAUUGGAUGCGUUGUCGUAUGUAGCUUGUCGAUCAGUUUGCCCUCGCUUCUAUUGAAUGGUGUGAAGAACAUUCCAACAGGGAUUCCAGGCAUCCUUGGGACAGAAUGCAAGUACGCUGACAAUUUUCAAAAAGCCGCAUUUCCAAAGAUUUUUCUGGGAUUUCAAUUCCUACUGUUUCUCUCGUCCCUUACGGCUAUGAUAAUUAUGUAUAGUCUCAUUGGAAAAACAGUCUUUAAGCACAGUAAAUUCAAUUUUAAAAGUAAGGAGAAUAAGAUGGCGAAACGUGACGUAAAGGUAGCUUACACGUCUAACACUAAUAAUUCAUCUUCGGAUCCGAGCUCUACUGGGACUGCUUCCACUUCAGUUCCUUCUCCAGAACCACCACGUGCAGAUAUCCAGACUGAGGUACGCCUACCGGUAGUUCAAAGUAAUUCGGAGUCGGAGCAAAAACCUUAUGUGAUCCAAACGCCCCCGAACCCAAGAAGUCACCAACAGAAGGCUACUUUAUUGGAUGUUUCCAAAUCAUCGCCAGGCUUCGAUAAAAUAGUUGCUACGGCUCAAAAGGUUGAGAAGAACGUAAAAGCGAAGAAGAUGAAGACGCGGACAACUCUCAUGUUAUCUAUCAUCACCGUUGUAUUCAUCAUCAGCUAUCUCCCUUAUUUAUCCAUCUCAAUUAUUAAAGUCUUCAACAAAAACUUUGUGAAGAAUAUGUCGCAAUCGGCGUUUAUGGCGUACAACGUCGUUCUGCGUUCACAUUACAUCAACGCUGCCGUUAAUCCGUUGGUGUAUAGCUUUUGCAAUGCUAAAUUCCGGGAAGAGGCCAGACAAGUUUUGUGCUUUUGGAAAAAGGCUUCAAAGUGAAAAUGUGCGUUGCUUUCGGCAUUGGCAUGCUUCAAUAUUAGUAUCUUAAAGGUCCAUACACAAAAGUCCAAUAACAGUGGACAUCCAAUUUUUAAAAAAAAUCCUAUUAAAGACUCGUUAAGAGAUUCUAGAACAUCGUAAUGUAUUUCAAUUAUGUUACUUGAACACUUUUUGGGUUGGAACCUCUCCGAAGAUAGUCUGGAACUUUUAAAAGACAGUAUUGUUGUUACAGCUCGUCGAUAGUUUAUGAACACGGUGCCGAGAAUUAAAGGGAUGUAGGCCUAAACUCGCGUAAUAAGAUGCAGUUAAUGCAUCAUGAUUUGCAUCUGGGGAGUUGAGUGGCCGUGUGACAAGUUGUAGGGUCGCUUAGUAAUCCUUAAAAGCAAAGGCUUAUGUUAAGAGCUUAUUCAGUGGGCCAAUUCUAAUUGGGCUCCUAAGAUAACGGACUUUUUUUGCUAUGCACGACAAAUAUAAAAAUAACUAUAUUUAAACCUAACUCGAUUAACUGUAAAUAAUACCAUCGUAAUUAUUGUAAUCUCCUACGCGCGCUUUCGUCUUUGAGAGAUCACGAUUUUAGAGUAUUAUCAUAUUUGCUGUAAAAUCAAUUUUGAUGGGAAUCAAGCCCAUCGAGUGCAACUAGAAAACUUUCGUAUUAUUUCUGUAUAUAAUAAUAUGAGUGUUUGGGUGUGUGUAUGCGUGUAAGAAAGAUAGUCCAUUAUCAUCUGUGGCACUGUUAUGCCCAUUAUUCAAAUGCAAAAGUAUAUUUUUUUAUAACUCCUUUUGGUCUGGAAAUUUUGCUUUUAUGAAGUGAUGCACCAAUUUUACAUACAUAAAUUUUGCAUGAUUUUUAUUUGUUAUUGACUGGUGCUUGAGCACCAUAAAAGCUCCAUUAUGCCGACCAACCUAUUUGAAAUAAAAUAAAUUUGAAAUCUGA